AUGUCGGACAUCAACGAUCUACACCCUCCGGACGACUACAGCCACAGAUUCUUCAUCUGGCACGAAUGGAUACAGGCUAACGGUCCACUCACAAACGAGAACGUCUUUGACUACUUCGCAACAUCCAUGUUUUAUGACAAGCAGAGCAACAAUCAGGUGUUGCGCAUGCAGACGAUGCACACCGGCGUGCCAUUGGCCAACGAAGCGGAGGAGCUCAAACGAUUCACAGGCGUUGAAUUCGCUGUCGUACAUGCCCAACCUCCGUCACUGUUCAUCAUCCAUAAAAGAGAGCGGCUAUCCCCAGAGGAAGUUCGCCCACUGGCAGCGUAUUUCAUAAUGCACAAUCGCAUCUAUCAGUCUCCAGACGUCUACUCCCUCGUUUCAAACAGGCUGCUGACGUCGCUUCAUGCCCUGCAAAACUCCAUGAAUACGUUACGAGCAUACAAGCCUGACUAUACUCCACGAACCGGUUUCUCAUGGCCAAUUGUGGAGUCGUCAACGUCCACUUCUGUCAAGGAGCAUGGGUCAGAUGAAGAAGCAGCCACCAGCACCGACGUAGAGGAUCUUCCCGUCCACUCGUCGCAGAAGCAGGACACCCAGCCUGAGAGGCAGCAAAAUAAUAUGCUUCUGAUUAAUGCCAUGCGGACCACGGCCUUGCAUGCAAAUGUGACCUUCACACUUCCCGCGGCUGUGUCGGAGAGCACCGUCACCGAGACUCCUGCUCUAGGGACAGGCGCUCGAUCUUCUGCUACUCCUGCUCCUGCUCCAACCCGAGGAGCAACGCCGAAACGAGUUCCCGACGCUCCGACACCACCAGAAAACCAACCAGUGAAGGGACCUCCAGGCGGUGGGAAGAAGAAGAGGAAAAGAACAUCCAUUGCACCUCCUCCCAUCGCAUGA